AUGUACAAUAUUGGAACCGUUGCAGCAUUCGUGGAGGACUACAGACGUACACGCACACCUGAAAAACUGCUGACGCCGUUGCUGCUGCGCCUCGACUUUGUCUACGCCGAUCUGUUGACGCAGGCGCCAUCCCUGUUGCCGCUGAUUGUCGAAGAGCCCCUGCAGUUUGACCAAGCCGUCAAGUAUUCGGUGUACGGCCUGGUGCGGAACCAACUGAAGGUAGCUGGCCUCAAGCCAAUCGACAUUGGCCAGUUGCACGCCCAGUGGCGCGUGGUGGGGCUGCCCUUCAGUCCCAGCUUGCAGUUUAAUCCGGCCGCGCACUCGCUGCGCCUCGGCCUGUCCCUGGUCCAAGGCAUCCUUUCUGCCUAUACGCCAACUGAGACCAUAGUCCUUCAAUCUACUUGGUACUGCAGCAGCGGGUGCAUGCGCAACGCCUUGCAGACCAGCUCUACAGAUGCGCCAUUGUGCCCCAACUGUUCGCGGCCAAUGUGUGAAUACCAGAAAUUGAGAGUCACAGAGACCUAUCGCCUGCUAGCCAUUCUGCCCAGCUCCACCGUUCAGACGCCGCGCUCCGUUAACCGUCUCCAUCGGCCUACCAUAGUUCGGCUUAGAGGUGAGUUAGCCGAGUGCAUAUCCCAAUCAACUGACACGAUCUUUGCCCUGGUUUAG